GUUCCGGCAGUCAAGACGCGAGGGUCAGGUUAGGCAGGUCGGGCUGACAGCGCGUCGAAAACAUCGUUCCGCAGUCGCAGUCGUAAAUGAAGGUUAACCUCGGCGUGAGCGUAGUGAGAACCGUGGCGAAGAACGAAGGCGAUGCUACGGGAGAACUGUCAACAAGAUCUCCGUAUCGGUUUGGAAGUCUCGCGGUGAAUUAGCCAGAGAGGGACAAACAUGGCUCGCGUUCCGGCAGACGUGUGUUUUUCUCGGUGGUGAACCUGUCUCUCUCUCUCUCUCUCUCUUUAUAUCCCUCGCCUCCGUCUCCCGUGCCGGCAGGGAUCCUCAACCUCGGGAGUGGUGAUAUUCGCACGCAAGUACGUAACCGCACACAAGCAGGCCAGCGAUCGCGCGACAGAGAGAGACGCGUCUACUACACGCGGCUAAAACGCGUAUAUUAAUAUACCAACACGGUAAGGGAAGAGGAGCUUCCCGCUCGUUAGUAUGCAAGUGCCGUUUCGUAGCCCCUUACGUGGCCUUAUUUGCACUCGCUGUUCGUACGAUCGGCCCGCGAAACCAAUCGAAAUGACCGAUGAUCCAUUAUUAUCGUUCGCAUGAAAUAUAUAUCUCGGGUGCACGGCCUCGGCCCCAUGUAAGUACCUUUAAACCAUCCCAAGGAGCAUCUCCGCCGAACGCAUCGUCGCCGUCGUCGUCGUGUUCCCGUCCCCUGUGUUUCUUUUUCUCUUGGCUGUGUGCGUGUGCGUGUGCUGCGUGUGUGUGCGUGUAACGGUGCAGUAAAUGGCGGAGGAUGUAAAAGGGCUCGCGGAGUCUACGAUGUGCCAGCAGAGAGUUCUCGGUAUUGUCGUUCCCCUGACAUAACCGCUGUUACUUUCCUCGUUCGUGGUUUCAGAAGAACGCGAAAGAGGAAUAAUGGUUCAAUCGAGAGGAAAGUAAAAUCCUGCCGUCAUCCUGGCGCGUGGCAAACCAGGCCAGAGGCCUGGAUCCUCGUCCUCCUCGUCCUCGUCAACGGAGAGGCUGCAAAGGAUGCCAGGACCGGCUCAAGAGAGGCCCAGGGCGCAACGGCUCACCGACAUCGAGCCGCAAACUUCAAAAGGAUUAGGAUGUAAUCGGACGGACGACUUCAGCACGCCGGUCAGCUCGGGCAGCAACAUGGGCAGCAUCGCACGGUUCCCGAAAUUGGACGAGUGCGCCCACUUUCAUUACGAGCACGUCGAGCUCAGUUCCUUGGAGGUUUCGCUUAGCGAGGGUUCCAAUGAUUCCGACAGCUACGCGGUCAGAGUUACAUCCGGGGACGCGUGCUGGACCCUGCAACGAUCCUACGAUAAUUUUGUUAUGUUCGACAAGCAGCUGCACCGUUGCAUAUUCGACAGGAAAUUCUCCUCGCUGACCAAGCUGCCGGACGCUCGGUCGAGAAACACCUGUGAUAUACUGAAGGACUACCUGAAUCGGUUCUCCCAGUUGAAUCAUGAAGGCCUAAACUGCGGUCCAGUAUUGAAUUGGUUGCAACUAGAUAAUAGAGGAAGAAGAAUCCUCGUCCCGGAGUCGGACUCCUGUCCUAUUAACACGCCUGCGGUGGCCGCGGCUUACGCAGUCAGGCCGUAUGUGGCACAGGCACCGGAUGAAAUAUCCUUCCAGGUCGGGGACAUGAUAUCCGUGAUAGACAUGCCUCCGCCAGGGGAAAGCACGUGGUGGCGCGGGAAGCACGGGUUCGCGGUCGGAUUUUUUCCGGCGGAAUGCGUGGCCGUGAUAGGAGACAAAGUUCCGAGGCAUCUGACAGUGUCGACGACGGUCAGGUCGAAGCUGCCGGUGAAGCCGGUGUUCAGGAAGCAUGGGAAGCUGAUCGCCUUCUUUAGAUCGUUUAUUCUGAAUAGACCGUCUAGGAGGCGAUUGAAACAGUCUGGAAUCUUGAAGGAGCGUGUGUUCGGUUGCGACUUGGGCGAACAUCUGUUGAAUUCGGGUCACGAUGUGCCCACCGUUCUAACAUGUUGCACCGAGUUCAUCGAGAAGCAUGGCCUGGUCGACGGCAUAUACCGUCUAAGCGGCGUGACGUCGAACAUCCAGAGAUUACGAAACGCGUUCGACGAGGAUCGUGUUCCUGCAUUGCAUUCCGAUGAAAGUAUUCUACAAGACAUCCACUCGGUGGCGUCCCUAUUGAAAAUGUACUUCAGAGAGCUGCCGAAUCCACUCUGUACAUACCAGCUUUAUUCUACUUUCGUUAGCGCGGUCCAGGCUAACACCGAUGCGGAAAGACUAAGGCGGAUGAGGGACACCGUUAGGAAAUUACCACCACCUCACUACAGAACAUUAGAGUAUCUUAUGCGGCACUUGGUGCGAGUCGCGGCCCGCGGCACGGAGACCGGCAUGACGCCUCGGAACAUCGCCAUCGUGUGGGCCCCGAACCUGUUGAGGUGCAAGGAGCUGGAAGUGGGCGGCGUGGCGGCGUUGCAGGGUGUCGGGGUGCAGGCGGUCGUCACGGAGUUCUUAGUUUGUUACGCGGAAUUAAUAUUCGGCGACGGCCCGGUCGGACGGCCGAAAUCGUUGGCGAUCACGACGCCGGCGAGAUUGCUGAGCCUGGAGGAGGCUCGGAACAGAAGCCUGAGAGGCGAGCCGGAUUACAUAGAGGUGGGCGCCGGGCCAGCCGGGAUGUCGUUGCAGUACCACACGGUGAUAGAGCUGCCGCGAAAGAGAAACGGCUCGAAGCGCUCGCCCUCGUUGAACUGGAGAGCUUUGUUUGGUAGGGGUGGUCCGGGUGCCAGGGGGAAACCGAGACAAGUUGGCACGCCACCUCAAACAGAAACGGUGCCAAGUUCCUUAAACUCGUUGCGACGGUUGAGACCGGUGAAAAGCGCCGACAGUUUGGACGGCGAGGACAGCCUGGGCCCUCUUCUGGGUCCGCCGCCGGCCAGGCCCUGCGGGCACAGCCGCUCGGUUUCCCACGACUCGUACUUCGAUCAUUUGGCGGACGCGCCCAAUCCGACCUCCCCGCUCGACCUCUCCGAGAUACAGCUCAACUUCGACCUCGAGGAACGGGAGAUGAGGAUGUUCUCCGAGGAGGAGAGCGGGGGCGUCGCGUCCGUCGAGGCGUCCCCGAGGAGGCAGAGGAUGGAAGGGGCCCAGAAUACCGCGAACACCGGCGGAUCGAAGAGGAAGAGAUCGAGAUUGGAGGAAAGACUGCAAUGCGACGUUGAGUUGCGCUUCAUUGAUAGCCAAAGUCCUGAUCAGGUGAUGGUAUCCGCAGACGUGCACAGCAUGGACACCCCAUCCCCAUUACCCACGCCAGGGUACCUUCCGUUGUUGUCCGAGGCGUCGACGCCGUUGACACCGGCGACGUUGCACGGCACCCCGCACUCCGCGUCACCGAUCCCAGCCAACAGUCCUAGGAUAAGUUUCCGAAGCUUCACCUUACCGUUAGAGAUCGACGACGAUCAGAGCAACGCGAGCAAGCUGAACAGAACUAGCGUGUCUUCCGAUAAAUCAUCCGACCCUAGUCAUAGGUUAUCCGUAAACAUAGAGGGCCAGAGUAACGGGAAGUCCUGCGAGAGGAUGAUCACGUGCGAGAAACGCGUCGACCUGUACGACGAGAAGGAGUCUUCCAAGGCUCAGAAGACGGCGAAGAAGGAGUCGAGCCUGGCAGCGUCGGACGUCGACCAGGAGAUGACGCCUUGCGACAGGCUAAUGUCCCACCCUAGCACCGUAGAAUCGAUCAAGUCGACGUCCAGCUGCAAGGACCCGGGGAACAGAUCGAGCUCGUGUCCGACGGACGAGAGCAAAUCGUCCCGCAGCGAGAACAGAGACGCGCGAACCAGCGACUCGUCGAACAAAUCGAUCAGCUGCCAGAACGGCGACGACCUCGCCGAGAGCUCUAACGCGCACAGAAACGAACUGCAAGGUAUGCCGUUGUCUAGCGCCACCGAUCUCGACUCGCCGAUGUCCUACGAGCAGACCAUCGAGGACCUACCGGACUCCGGUUUCGUGAUCUGCGACAGCUCCGACAAGAUGUUCACCAACACGGAAACGCAACAGAUGGCGUCGAACACGAACGAUUCCGGCGAAUGGGUGAUAGUCGAGAGGACCGGAUCGAUCACGUCGCCCACCAGCGACUCGAGCAGUCCCAAGGACCCCUUGGAAGGCACCGUGAACCUUGCCAUAGCGACCGACUGUCCGCAGCUUAGAUCGAUGUCGGAGAACGUCUCGAGAACCUCUUUGGACCUGACCAUGGGCUCCACGGUGGACACGGACACGUCUUGCAUCGGGGUCAGCGACCUCACCGAGAGCCCGAGCCUUCCCCAAGAGUCCGGCGAGAUGACGUUCGACGUCGUCGACAGAGAUCUGGAGGAGCACAACGGCGGCUCGGUUCAGAGAACCUCCGGGAACUUCAACGGGCAAGGGAGCUACGGUCUGGUCGAAUCGGCGAUGCACGAUCGCGAGAACGGCAACCAGAAGGUCUGCACCGUCAGCCUAGCGAGCGUUCGUUUGAACCAGAAGCCGAACGAGAUGGUGCACGAGGUGUCCACGUGUUACGCGCAAUUAGACAAUACGAAGGCGUACAAUAGGAGCGAGAGCUCGGUGAAGGAGGAUCAGAUCCUCGGGGAGGAGACGUUCGAGAACGCGCAGGGAGCCUCGAGGAACGCGGAGUUCCAGCAACAGGACAUCCGGCGUUCCCUGCAGCUGCACCAGAAGCCCCAGUACCAGAGCGACCGUCGCUCGUUCACCGGCAAGCCGAGCAAGAAGGACCUCGAUCUGUCCCUGACCGACAAUAACAAGCCGCGUUGCCCGAACAAGACGGAUAAGUGCCAAAGCUUCGAGUACGUGCCGCGGAAGGAGCCGGCGAAGAACAACGGUCAGCAGCACAAACAGUACCAGCGCGCCGACGAGAGCCCGAAGUGCAACAACCUGAAGAGCGCGCAGCCGCAGGAGCACAUCGAGGUGAUCAUACCGUCGGAGAACGCGGCGGAGCCCAGCGAGAUCGCCCAUCCGCCGGAGGGCGCGUCCGAGACCACGUCCUUGAACUCGUCCUGCACGUUCUCGAACGCGUCCUCGCCGGUCGACGACUCGAUCGUUCUCCGUGACACCGCGGCGAUACUUCAGGAACUGGCGUUGCAACGACUGUCCGGCGGAAUGGUGGGCGGCGAUCUGACCAUUCCACCGAGAAGAAGGUACGAGACCGAGAGCAGCAAGGACCGGAGGAGCUUCGACUCGGAGAUCGGCCGGGAGAUAGUCAGGGAACGGAAGAUGAGGCAGGAGUUGGACACCGCCAGGGGCAAGUCCGAGGAGUCGCCGUUGAACUCGCAGCAUCUGCCGCCGUGCCUCAGGGCGCGCCACGCCAGGGCCACCAGAGCGUCCCUGAGCCGGUCGCUGGACGAGGCGAAGUUCAACAAGAUGACCGAGAAAGCCUCCCUGCCGGUGAAACAGUCCUGCGAGGACUCGCAGCACAGCUCCACGCCGAACGUCGGCGCCGGUACGAACAUGUCGUGCAACUCCGACAAGAUUCACCUGAAGAACCUGAGCGGACUGGACCUGGGCGAUCCGCAAUGCCGCGAGAGGAUAGAAAAGUACAAAGAGGAGAGGCGGACGUUCUUGAGGGACAAGUACAGAUCGGAAAGCUUCCGUGGGAUAUUGUCGAAGACGGAGGACGACGGGGAGCAAGCGUUUUUAGCUAGGUUAAAGCAGAGAACAUCUAGACCAUCCCUUCAUUGAUAUUAGAAGGAUUAAUAUUUAUGAGACACGGUCAGAGUUUCCCGCGUGAAAAAUGCCACCAUCGCGUCGCGCGACGGAGUGCGGCUAAUUUCGCCCUAAUUCGCGCUCGGAUCGUGCACCAACAUUGACGUUCUCGGGAGAGGAGUCGCGGUUGCGGUAAAUACUCCCUAAUUCGCGCUCGGAUUCUGCAGAAAUGUGGACAAUUUGGGGAGGCUGGAUACGAUUAUAAAGUAACCUCGUGACUCGUCUCUAUAGUUCUUGACAAUUUAUAACUAUGAAAACUAGUCGCAAGGUUGUUCUAUAAUCGUAUCUACUCUCCCCAAAUUGUCCAUUUUUCAAUUUGAGGAGGCUAUAUACGAUUAUAAAGUAACCUCGUGGCCCGUUUUUAUAGUUCUCGACAAUGUAUAACUAUGAAAACUAGUCGCAAGGUUUUUCUAUAAUCGCAUCUACUCUCCCUGAAUUGUCCACUUUUCUGCAGAAUCGGAGCGCGAAUUAGGGAGAACUUAAUUCGAGCCGGGAGGCUCAGACGAUCGUAUCUACCUCUUCUCAAAUUGUCCAUUUUUUUGCACAAUCCGAGCCUAAAUUGCGGAGAAUUGACCGCAUUUGGAUGGGUAGAGUGGAACUGCUGAUUGCACUGAUCGCAUUUAAUCCUUUGCACUCGGAUGUUUAGUUUCGCGAUGACGAUGGCGAACCUUCGGGGUUCGAUUGUUCUUGUAGAAAUACAGUAUUAUUAUUAUUUCGAAAGGCAAAUACUCUUAUACUGAUAUAAAUAGAACGAUGUGUCGUGCACGACCAAAAAUGGAAAGACACAGACGAAUAACGAUCGUUCGAUGGGACGAUGAAGAUUCAUCGGUUCAAGUAUAAAGAAUAGAACGUUUUAAUAAAGAGGAUUUUUAAGAGGACUCGCGUUCUUGAAUUUCAAUACAAAACGAGAUUGCUUGAUUUUAAUUGCUGCAGAGUUUUAUUGCACGAUACAACUUUUUACGUCUAACUCGAUCAUUAAAUGUGCCAUUUAGAAAUUCCAUGAUUACUCAUUGCGAACUUCUCGUUCGUUUAAAUAUCACGAAAACAUUUUUAACCGCGAAGAACUGCUUUCUAUUUUAAUCGGACACGAAUAGAACAGCCGGAUCGAGGGUGAUCUCUCGCAGUGAAAUUCAUUUACGCGACGAUUGAUUUCGACGAUCGUGUUCAGUUGGGACUUUCAGACGGAGAUUGGAAUCUGUUUCUUUUCACGUUUCGAUGGACGUUCAAGUAUUAUUUAUGAUUUUUCCUUUUUUUCUUUCUCUUUUUUAAGAAUCUCGAAAGACUCCCGAACGCGUGCAUUUAUUAUAUUCACCGUGUAUAUUAUUAUUGAAUGAACAAGAGAGUGCAAACGGUUAAAGCAUGAGAAGCUGGGCAGAGAUGUUUAAUUUAGCCGCGAGUGUUAUAAACGAUAUUUAAGAAAAUGAUAUAAACAAAAACGAAAAAAAAGAAUGAAGUGAAAUGAAGUGAAAUCGAUUGCGGGAGAACGUUUGUUUUUUUUUUAUCGCUGUUGUUAACAGAACAGUCCGAUAUAGCUUGAAUGUUCUUAAUUUAUUAAUAUAAACACGCGUACGUAUAAUCCGAUCGGUGUGUAUGUAAUUAAGGGCUAUUUUUCUGUUAUUGUUAUAUCGAAUCUAUAGCAAAUGAUUCUUUUUUUCUUUUUCUUUUUCUUUUUCCAUUACUCUGUUAUCGUUCCCAAAGAUGUUCUUCAUUAGAUGUUUACGUUGAGUCGGCGCUGUUCUGUUAAACGACCGGUCCCGAUCGCGAUCUUGUAUUGUACCAGAGAGUCGUGGGUCCACGAGACGGAGUUCGUUGUGAAACCCUUUGCACGCGAAAUUUCCUUUCUUUCGCCGCCAUCUCGGCGACCUUGUUUUCGAAUGUUAUUUACGAAGUUAAGUUUAAAAAAA